UUGUUAUUGUUGUUUUUGUUUUCGAGCAGUACAGACGUGUCGCGGAAAUUCGUUUUUCCGGUCGAGAGAGAGAAAGAGAGGAAAAAAAUUGCAUUUUUCUUACCAUCUUUUUUCGGUUGCAAUUCUUCUGUGUUGUGUUCGUGUGUUGUAUCAGUUUUUGUUCUUUUUUCGGCGAAAAAUUAAAGAAAUCGUCUAAUUGCUGUGCUUAUAAGUGAGAAAGAAAAAGAAAAAAACGAAGCAAAUAACAGUAAAUCCAUUUCAAAAUUUAUAACUGUUGUUUGGUCGUUAGAAAGCAGCGCGAAUAAAGGAAGAAAAAUAAAAUUCAGUGCAAAAGCAAAAAAAAAGUGUCAAAAAAAAAGCGUCUGUGUCUGCCAGGCAAAUGCAAAUGUAUGUGUGAGUGUAGAACAACAACAACAUCAAAACCAACAGGAACAACAGCAAAAGGAGGCAGGAGCCCAGAGACAGGAUCAACAUUUGCCGCCGUUCAGGGUUGAUUGUUUGAACAAAGCCCAACAACUUCCACACACACACACACACAAACACACCGACAUACACACACACAUAGACGAUAAGGAGUUGGGCAAAGGUAGAGUCAUGCAGCAAGGGCAAAGGGGAGGAAAUUGUGCUGCUGCUGCUGCUUCUGCUGCUUAAUUGUUUGCAGUCACAUCUCCCAACAGAAAAACAACAACAAACGAUUGCAUUUAAACAUAUUUUGCCUCAGCUUUUGCCGUCUCCAUCGUCGCUGUUCGCUGCUUGAAAAGUGCAUUUUUCCCCUCCAUGAUGAAAACUAAGAUGUCGAUUAAACGCAAGAAAUUUGAAAAUCAAGUCUAUUAAUGAAAACAUCAACAAAAAAAGAGAUAGAGUCUAUAACGAAAAAAAAGGAACGAGAAAAUUUUUGUCUAGAACGAACGAAUAAGAAAUAAUUGAAAACGGAAUUUCAUAGCAAACACACAAAAAUGGAUCUAAGUCUGGAACGAGAUAGUUCUGCCUUGGGCAGUCUCUUUCAACAGAUUAUCAAUGAUAUGAAGAAUACUUCACCACUUUGGGAGGAUUUUGUGGCAAAGGCCAGCAAGUUGCACACAUGUUUACGAGCUGCCAUUCAGGCAAUUGCCGCCUAUUUGGAUGCCUUCCAAAAGAUUGCCGAUGCGGCCACCAAUUCAAGAGGUGCAUCAAAGGAAAUUGGCACAGCCCUGACGCGCGUCUGUCUGCGUCACAAGGCGGUCGAGACACGUUUAAAGACCUUCACUAGCGCCAUUAUGGACUGUUUGGUACAACCGUUGCAGGAUAAAAUUGAAGAUUGGAAACGUACAGUGGCCACCAUCGAUAAGGAUCAUGCCAAAGAGUAUAAACGUUGCCGCAGUGAGCUCAAAAAACGUUCCAGCGAUACAUUGCGUCUGCAAAAGAAGGCUCGCAAGGGUCAAACCGAUGGCCUACAAUCUCUGAUGGACUCUCACAUGCAAGAUGUGACAUUGCGGCGAGCCGAACUCGAGGAGGUUGAAAAGAAGUCACUUCGUUCGGCCAUGGUGGAGGAGCGUUUACGUUAUUGCAGUUUUGUGCAUAUGUUGCAGCCGGUGGUCCACGAAGAAUGUGAAGUUAUGUCCGAAUUGGGUCAUCUACAGGAAGCCAUGCAAUCUAUUGCAUUGGUAACCAAGGAGCCGAAUGUUCUGCCGCAGGCCUCCGAGGAGCUUAUACAUGAUGCCAAGGCCAGCAUUAAUCUAUAUCCAGAAUCACCAGGCGGUGGUUCGGGUUCCCAGGGUGGCGGUUGCUCCAAUUCCUUGGGUUCACGUAAAAGUUCCGUUUGCUCCAUUAGCAGUAUGAAUAGCAGCGGUUCAAGCAAUUCACCUGGUCAUCAUCACUAUCAACGCUCUCUGUCGCAGUUUGUAACGCCCGCAAUUCGCUUGAAACCUGGUGAAUCCAGUGAUAGUGGCUUUUGCUCAUCGCCAGCUCUAACAACACAGGCCUCGACUUCAACUAAUCAGACACAUGCCGUUUCCACUUGGCCACCACAUUCCCAGGACGUUGUGGACACUCUACCACCCACAGCAGAUCGUCCACAUACCAUUUCCACGGCCUAUGAGAAGGGACAUCAACGUCCGCCAUUGACUGUCUAUACAUUUCAAAAUCCAGAGACCAUACAUGAAUCGAGCGGUAGUGGUAAUAUGGUGGCUACCAAUGGUGGUAGUAAUGGUAAUAAUGGAAAUGGUGGCAAUGGAUCUGGUCAAAAUACACCAGCAACUCAGAAGUCUCCAGCUGCAACUCUAAGUCGGCCUCCUUUGCCUGUUAAGCCCGCCCAUGUGCGCUGCUCCUCAUUGGAACGUCCUCUGUCUGCGCAGAGUAAUCAUCGACAGGGUAGUGGCAACUUGUUGCAACGUCAGUGCCCCUCGCCCAUACCAGCUCAUAUCACUAAAGAGCUGUCCGCAGCCCAUCAUGCACAGCAGCAGCAGCAGCAACAAUCACAACAGCAGCAGCAGCAAUCACAACAACAGCAGCAGCAGACGGUACCGCCCACUUAUGUUAACAUGUCCGAGUUGGCCAACAUGGCAGCUUUAAAACUAACGAACCAACAACAACAACAGCAACAGCAGCAGCAGCAACAACAACAACCAGCAGCAAAGCCAUCGCCACCGCCUCUGCAGCAACAGAGUUCCAUAGAUUCUAUAGGCUCGCAGCAUUCCAAUGAUUCAUCAUCGGGCCAAUUGCACCACCAACAGCAGCAGCACCACCACAAUCACCAACACCACAACCAACACAAUCCAUCAUUACAAUUAGCCAGCACACGCUCCCAUUCCAUAUCCUCGUCGGUGUCCUCGAAUUCGCAUCCUUCGAUCGACUCUGCUGUGGCUGCUUCGCUUAUGGGUCAUCAUAAUGCCACCAAUAGCAACACUACCACCACCACAACACCGUCCAGUGGCAGCUCAACGCCACAGAAUCACUAUUCCCCACUGUUAACUCAAUCACCCACAUCCACUGCUGCAGGUACACCCUCGGCUGCCAGUAGCACGGGCCUGGGUUUUGUCUAUCAGGUGAAUUCCCCGACACCGCCCACCAGUGAGAUUCUAAAGAUCACCGAGCAAUCGGCUGGAUCAGUCGACGGAGGGGAAACGGCAACCACAGAGACUGACGAAAGAUCGCGUGCCUCCGUCUUGCAAAAGGCUUCAAUGUUUGAAAAAGCAGCGGCAGCGGCAACAUCGCCACCUCUGCCUGUUGGCCCUAUUGCCGGUUCGGUGGCCCCCAAUGGCGGUAGACGUUCCGAGGAGAUGCGAGCAGCCGAACAACAGGAAAUGGACAAAUCUUUCGAAGAUUCAAUACAAGCACUAAAUAAUUUAAUUGGCGAAUUAGACUCGUUUCAACGUGAGAUCGAUGAGGGCAAGGGCAAGCACAACAACAGCGCCAGCAGCAACAGUAACAACAACAACAAUAGUAACAACAAUGGCAGUCUGAGCAGCAGUGAUAACAACAACAUAUUGGCCACCAGCAACAUUGAUCUCUGCGCCAUUAGCAAUCAAACAAAUUCCAGCGGCUGUGGCACCGAUAUAUCCGAUACCAAUUCCGAUGAACAUCUCCAGCAACAUCAUGAUCAUCGUGAGCAACACGAUGCCAGCGAUUCGGAGCUGAGUCGUUGCUAUGUGAGCGAGACGAGUUCGCUGACCGCUGGCUAUGAGAAUCCCACAUUUGCCCAUUUAUCCCGCGAAGAUCAUCCAUAUAACAAUGGCAGCGUCGGAACGGGCUAUGCGGGAGCCUCGGAUACCAUAUCGUUGUGUGCCUCAUCGGAUAGCGUGUGUCUGGGUCAGCCGCGACAUGCCUAUGUGGAUACUUGCAGUGAUAGCGGUAGCGCUGUGGUUGUGAUCUAUGAUCAUCAAAUCCCUAACACACCGGAUGUGGAAUUUGUUAAACAGAAUUCCGAAAUAGUUGUCUUACGCACAAAAGAUCCACAAUCGCAAUUGCAAAUGCACGAGAUGCGUGAAUUGCAGCAAUUGCCAACGAAUCUAGCCGGUUCACCAGAAUCAUCGCCAGAUUCAACAAAACCAUCCAUGCAGCCGCCGACAGCAACUGUGGCGCCCGCUAAGCAGCGACUCUCCUCGUUUCGUGCAUCCAGUGAGCAGCAGUUGCAGUUACUUGGACGCAGUAGUCCGCAAAGAGGUAAAGAUAAGGUUAAAGAUCAACAGCCAGGGACAAUAGACGAACCAACGGUGAAACGUACCACAUUGCCACCAAAACCAACCAGCCUUAGCAUUUUCAAUGGUCCUACUCCUCCUCCAACAAGUGAUAAACCUUUAAUACCAAGAAAAUCGGAUUUUAAAGCCGAUUUAGAUGCAAAAAUACGCCGGCAAAAGCUAAAAGUUCAACAGCAAUUGCAACAGAAGCAGCAGCAACAGCAGCAAGAACAACUACCACAGCAACUAUUACAACAACAUCAGCAACAAGCAACAACACACUCACCACAGUCGCCCCCAACAGCAAGAAACUGUAAUGUCACUAAUCAAGCAGCCGUUGUUAUAACAUCCUCAUCAUCCAUACCAUCAACCACAACAUUAUUGAACUCAAAUCCAAAUCAUAGAAUGCCAAACAUAACAGCAACAUUUAACCAUAAGACGCCCACAACAACAUCUGAACCACCACCACCAUCAUCAUCAUCAUCAUCUUCUACAUCAAUAUCAUCAUCAUCAAUAUCUCCAUCAGUCAAUGCUCUUGCCCCCGCUGUGCCCGCCAGACCACCUCAGCCACAACCUCAAACUCAGCCACUUUCAACUCCACCAAUACCAAUACCAUCCCAAGCCAAGCCGUGUAUUACGCCCAGGCCGGCCUCGUUGUCGUCUUCGUUGGGAGGAGGAGGCGGAGGAGCAAUGGGCGGUGGUUCAACGCGCAUAGCACGACGAUCAUCCAUCAAUCAGGCAAAACCACCGCCACCAGUUAGACGCAGUUCAUCAGUCACACCCAGUCCCAAUGCCACCAUGGGGCCACCACCAACAAAUCUUCACUAUCAGCAACAAGCACAGCUAAGCAGCUCCAGUGAGCAUCUGCCGCCACCACCAGCAUUUAUGUUGGAUGCUCAUCAUAAUAUAACACCGCCAAUGCCAAUGAUGCCACCGUUAGCUUUGCCUUCGCCACCAACAAGUAUGCCCAGUUCAGCAUUGAAAGUAUCGGAAACUGUAAGAGCAUUGGCGGCCAUGAGGCAUCAGCCAGCUUCGCCAGUGGCUUUGAGGCGCAUGCAACAACAACAACAACAGCAGCAACAUCAUCCGCAGCAGCCGCAACAACCUCAACAGCCUUUCAUUCAGUCCCUGCACAACUUUUCCCCGUCAAACGAUGAAACCACCGACUAUGAAGCUUACUAUAAUUCCUAUAUGGAGCUGCAUGCCUAUGCAGAGGCUGUGAAUCAAGGUCAAAAGCCAUACAACGGACAACAGCAGCAAACGCAAUUGCAUCCGCCUCCGCAUCAUAAUCAUCAGCAACCUUUGUCGCCUACACCGCCGCCCUAUCAUGCCCCACCACAGGCAGAUGCACCUUCGUUCCGCACAUCAUCACCCGCCUCGGGAGGCAACAAUGGCGGCGGCAUUUAUGCUCAACCCAAACUGGUCAAUAGCAUGUCCAGUUUUCGCACUAGCAGUCCAAGUCCAAAUGGACAUGCGGCAGCAGCAGCGGCUCACCCACUGCCACCGACACAGCCCAAGGCAAAUCCGAAUCUAAUUGCACAGCUCAAUGCACGACUCAACAGUAAUAAGCAACAUACUACUGAUGGUGGAGGAGGAAUCUAUGGUAACCACCAGCAGCAGCAACAACAACACCAACAGCAGCAGCAGCAAUCUGGAGGAGUUGUGGGCGAUUCAAUUUAUAUGCGCAGUGGCGGAAUGUCGCAUUUGCCACAGCAGCAACACUUUGACGCAGCUGCCCAAGUCUCAAGCCUGCGACAGGCCCCACAGCAACAUCCCCAUCAACAACAACAACAACAGCAGCAGCAGCAACAACAACAUUAUACUUGCCCACCACCUCUAGAAGAUCCACCACCACCGCCCAUUUAUUCGGCUGGCUCUUCGGCCACUAUGCCCAAGAAAAUGCCACGUGCUGCCCAUGCUGGACAGAAUGCUUCACAUAUGAUGAGCGCCUAUGCUGCCUCUGGGUCUGGAUCGACAGCAACAUUGCCAAAGAAUAUCAUACAACAGCAACGAUUACAACAACAGCAGCAACAGCAGCAGCAGCAGCAAUAUCAACAGCCACAAGGUAUAGGCAAUGGCAAUGGACAUCCUAAUCAGCGUCCACAAUUGCCAUUACCGCAACAGCAACAGAAACUGCGAGCUGCACAACAGCAGCAACAUUUGAUGGACCAACAACGGCAACCGCCCAUACCCUCACGUCAUUCCAGUGUGCAGCAAAAGAUAUUCGUCUCAACGAAUCCAUUUAUACAGACAACAGCCGUCAAGUUUCAUUCGCCUUCGGCCUCGCCCACUUGUGGCUCACCGGUAACUGGAUCCUCUUUGGCUAGCAUUUAUGCCACAACCGCGCGUGGUAGCCAUCAUCAUCAACAGCAGCAACAACAGCAACUACAACAACAACUUCAACAACAACAACAACAGCAUUAUUAUCGCGAUGUUGCUGGGGGCAAUAGCAAUGGCUACAACAAUCACAAUGUCCAUGCCCACACCCACAAUGUCCAUGCCCAUCAUCCAAACUAUGCCACAAAUAGCACAAAUAUUGAAAAGACUGGCAGUAUAAGGGCCAAAACAAAGGCUGAAUUCCUUGAGAAUCUCAAUGCUAAAUUGGCCAAGCAAGGCAUGUCUGGACGUGCAUUUGCCGUACGUAAUCUCAUCAAUAGUAAGGCCUUGCCGGAUCCUCGUAUUUGUCAUGAGUCGCUGAUGGAUCAAAUAAAACGCGGAGCCCCCUUGAAACGUAAUCAGAAGAUUAAUGAUCGCAGUGCUCCAAAAAUACAUUAAAUUGAUGGUCCCACUCUAAUCCCCCAAUCUACCUUAUACUAAAUUGAAUAAGCUUAAACAUUUAUUUAUUAAUAUUAACCAAAUAAAAAUAAUAAUCGAAUGAGGCGUAAAGAGCCAAUAACAGCUGCUCGAUUGCAGUUGUCGGAAGGCAAAGAUUUAUAAAGAGUUUUGGUUUGAAACUGAAAACUUGUCGAAGAAGAAAGAGAAACUAACUAUACAUAUGAUAAAUCUAUAAUAUCUAUAUAUAUACAAUACAAUAGAAUAUAUGUAUAUCUAUAUAUAAUAUUGAACUAAUCGACAGCCGUAAUGAAAUGGCAUUUCUACACCGCAAAAAUGAAAGUGAAGAUCGUUAGACACAGUUUAAUUUCGUUUGCAAAAAUUAUUAUAAAACAUUUAAAAAUCUCGAAUUUACUUUUAGUAACACACUAAACACCUAUACACACAUACAUACACACAUACUUAUUAUAAAAGAUAGAUAUAUCCUAUUAUCAUAUUUAUAAUUUUCCCAUACUACUUGUUUAUGUAAAUAUAUAUAUCUAUUAUGGUUUAAAUGAACAAUACGAAACUAAUCUGACGCCUAAAUAAAAAUGGAAUACAAUUUGAAAUAUUAUCAUUUUCUUAUACAUAAA